AUGACGCCAGAAAGGAAAAUCCUAGCCAUAGAAUGGCUCUUUGCUUUGAUGUUAGUCAUCUCCUGCUCCCAGGGCAGUGAAUCACUUAACAAUGCAAGCAAUGCUGCUAAUUUGACUGUGGAAGAGGCCGAAGCAAAGCACUUUCUCUCUGAAAUUACUCCCCGCUUGGAGACACUGAACUCAGCUCAGGUAGAGGCUACAUGGAAGUUUAACACUGAUAUAAACACUGUAAAUGAAGCUAAAUUGCUUCACCAAACAGCUGAAUACAACAAAGAGCAAAAGGUCAUUUGGAAGCAAAUUCAAAGAUUCAGCCAUUACAAGCAGUACAAAGAUUUACGUUUGAAAAGGCAGCUUGAAAAAUUAUCUGUACUUGGAACUGCUGCCUUAGAUCCAAAAGACUCUGAAAAGUUUGUCAACGUCUCAACAGAAAUGGAGAAAAUUUACAGCAGCGCGACUGUGUGCCUUCAUUUGAACGGUACCCAAAAGUGCAACCUUGAGCUUGAUCCUGAUCUAAACAAUCUCAUGGCUAAAUCACGAGAUUUUGACUUACUGCGUAAUGUGUGGAUUCAGUGGCGAAACAGUUCGGGUCGUCCUAUCCGCUCACUUUACAAGAAGUACAUUGAGCUUGGAAAUAAGGCGGCGGUGAAGAACGGAUUCAAAACACUUGACGAUCUAUGGCUUUUUCCAUGGGAAACAUCCGACUUUAAGCAGCAAGUUGAACACCUGUGGCAAGAGAUCAAGCCUUACUACGUCAAGUUUCACGCUUUUAUACGCAUGAAGUUGCGUAAGUACUACGGUGCUUCACGAAUGCCCACUGAUGGCACUAUUCCUGCACAUAUUCUCGGAAACAUGUGGGCUCAGUCUUGGGGCAACAUCUUUGAGUUAGUGGCUCCCUUUCCGACCAAAAAAUCACUUGACGUCAGUGAUACAAUGGUUGCACAAAACUACACUCCACAAAGAAUGUUUCAGUUGUCGGACAAAUUUUUCACCGAUCUAGGAUUGAUUCCAAUGCCAGGCGAGUUUUGGCGAGAGUCAAUGAUAAGUAAGCCCACUAAUCGGAAAGUAGUCUGCCAUGCUUCUGCCUGGGAUUUUUACAACCGCAAAGACUUUCGCAUUAAAAUGUGCACCAACGUAAACAUGGAGGACUUGAUUACGGUUCACCAUGAAAUGGGACACAUUCAGUAUUACCUGCAGUACAAAGAUCAGCCAAUCACUUUUCGAGAGGGAGCCAACCCAGGCUUUCACGAGGCGGUAGGUGAUCUGCUGGCGCUUUCCGUAUCCACACCUCGCCAUUUGGCCAAGAUAAAUUUACUGCAUGACUACGUGGAAGAUAAGGAGAUUACGCUCAAUUACCAGAUGCAAAUGGCACUUCAGAAGCUGGCCUUUCUUCCCUUCGGCUACCUGAUGGACCUCUGGCGAUGGGACCUCUUUUCGGGAAAAACUUCCAAAGAGACCAUGAACCGUUCCUGGUGGCAGUAUCGCCUCAGCUUGCAGGGCAUCUCACCGCCAGUGCGCCGAAAUGAAACUGACUUUGACAGUGGAUCCAAGUUCCACAUACCGGCCAGUGUGGAGUACAUUCGGUAA